AUGCCGAAACCAAUGAUCUAUCAUCUCAACAAUGAGCUCUUUGACAUCUUUCAGCAGGAGAUCAAGGAGCUUCAUCAAGAUGUUGAGGCCAUUACGAUGGAGAAGUUCAACACAGAACGCUACUAUGAAGACCUUCUCUCAGAAGAGAGGGAGGAGAAGCAGGCCUUGCUUCUGGAAAUUCAGGAGCUUAAGGAGAAGCUGGAGAAAGCUGAAUCCAAGGACCAAGGCCUGGCAGUCAGAGAUGAGACAUGCUGCCCCACAAUGCAGCAACUCCAACAAGAAAUGAAGGAGAUGGAAAAGAGACACCAUCAGGAAAUUGAGAUGCUCACCAUUGAGUUUGAAAUUGAUAUCGCUGUGGCUCAGAAAGAGGUGAAGAAGCUCCAGGAAAAGCUGAAGAGUGAAAAUAAUCUUGAUGCAAAAAGUGAUUCAGCGAAAAGGGAAGCCAUCAAGAUUCCCCUGAAAUUCUGUUGCCACUGUGAAGGAUUGAACAAAGUCUCGACUGAAACUUCAACAGAAAUCAAAGUUCGAGAUGAGGACAUUCCUUAUCUUGAUGUCCAACAGCUUCAAGAAAUGCUCCAGAGAGAGAGAAAGCUGAGGAUUGAGGCUGAAAAUGAAAAUCUGGAUCAAUUUAAAUGUACUGAGGCUUUCUUUGACAUGAUGGAGCAAGAACUGAAAACAGAACGAGAACUUAGGGCCCAAACUGAGGCGGACAAAGAGGAAGCAAUAGAGAUUGCAGAACAACUGAUUAAAAAGCUUGAGGACGUGGAGAAAACGUCCAAGGAGGCUCCAGCUGAGAUCACUGUUGAUGAUCGGGACAAAUUUGAACUGGAACGCCAAAAGCUGGAGAAAACCAUCCAAGAAGAAAAAACACUGAGGGUCCAGGCAGAGAAUUUCAUAGAAGUAUUGGACCAAGAACUGAAAACGGAGCAAGAACGGAGAGCCCAAAUUGAGGCGGAAAAUCAGGAAGCUGUGGAGAUUAAAGAACAAUUGAUUAAGAAGCUUCAGGACAUGGAGAAAACCAUCCAAAAAGAAAAAGCACUGAGGGUCCAGGCAGAGAAUUGCAAAAAUAUUGGACCAAAAACUGAAAACGGAGCAAGAACGGAGAGCCCAAAUUGA